AUGGCCGCUCCUUCCAUCCCGAAUCUCAACAGCCUUCGAGGUCGAACAGGUCUGCGACGAGGCAGAGGUCGCGGUCGCCCUACAGAUCCAGACGCAUCAGAAGAAGAUGCCCAAGAUGCUCGCGACAAAAUCAUCCGUCAGACCGACGGCGACGCUUCCAACUCCCGACUGAGUGCUGUCACGCUUGGUUACUUGCACGACGAAUAUGCCACAUGUUUCCUCCAGGGCCAAAUACCCAGACGAUACCCUCUGAUCAAUCGCGGCACCUAUGUCCGCACAUCAGCCAUCGACCGUCUAGUCGACAACUUCCUCGCUGCCACAAUCGAUGCAAACACCGAGGAUGCGUCUACUGCACCAUUGGCACAAAUCAUUUCAUUAGGCGCCGGCUCCGACACUCGCUUCUUCCGUCUGUCACCCGCCCGAAGACACAGAACCCUCUAUCAUGAGCUCGACUUUGUCGACAAUAUCCGCGACAAAGUGUCCGCCAUUUGCUCGAUCCCAAAACUCAAGAUUAUGCUCGGCCUCAUGACCAUGUCCACCGACAAAUCCUCCCUCCAGUCUCCCAACUACAAUCUCCACUCCAUCGAUCUACGCGAUCUCGUUUCCUCCUCUCCACCCUCGAUACCAAACCUCGAUCACAACCUACCCACCCUGCUCAUCAGCGAAUGCUGCCUCUGCUACCUCCCUCCCCAAACAACUUCUUCCAUUCUCUCCCACUUUACCACCCUCAUCCCUUCUGCCUCGCUAGCAAUAAUCCUCUAUGAGCCCAUCCGCCCUUACGAUUCUUUUGGCAAAACAAUGAUCACAAACCUCGCUUCAAGAGGCAUAGAACUGCAAACCGUGCGCCGCUACUACUCUCUCGCUGCCCAGCGCUCCCGUCUCGCCAACGCGGGAUUCAGUUCGGGCCAAGGCGCCGCCGACGUCGAGCAAAUCUACUAUGGCAAUGAGUGGGUGAGUGAGGCGGAGAGNGACAGGGUAGAACGGCUGGAAUGGCUGGAUGAGGUCGAAGAGUGGAAAUUGCUGGCUUCACACUACUGCGUUGCUUGGGGUUGGAGAGACGGUGUCAAACACACGUUUACCGAGGCGUGGAAACAUGUCAGUGGAAGCAGGACUGAUAAAGAAGCCGUGGACGACGAGGUCAUGUAG